AUGUCCAGCGAAGAAAAAUACAGCGAAGAAGAAUAUAACGAUGAAGUGCCCACCUUCUUGGGCUUCAAAGGUAAUCAUUUAAAUGCUGCCGUCACCGUUAUGUGUGGUGUGGGCUUCCUUUUAUUUGGUUAUGAUCAAGGUGUCAUGGGGUCGCUUUUGACCUUGGAUUCAUUUAGAGGAACUUUCCCUAAGAUCAAUACCCAGCUUCAUCCAGAGAACUCCACAUUGCAAGGUGCAGUGAUUGCCUUAUACGAGGUGGGUUGCUUAAUUUCUGCAUUGUCCACCAUGUAUUUGGGAGACCACUUUGGAAGAUUGAAGCUUAUCUUCACGGGCUGUUUGAUAAUGAUAAUUGGCGGUGCUUUGCAGGCUGGUUCUACGAAUGUUACCUUUUUGGUGAUUGCCAGAAUUUUUUCUGGUUUAGGAAAUGGUCUCCUUACCUCCACUGUGCCAUUGUACGCUGCUGAGUGCUCCAAGGCUCAUAGCAGAGGUCGUUUGUUAUGUAUCCAUGGCUCAUUGAUUACCUUAGGUAUCUGCAUUUCUUACUGGGUUGAUUUUGCCUUCUACUUUACUGAAAAGUAUGGUGAAGUAUCAUGGAGAUUUCCUGUCGCUUUUCAGUGUGUUUUCCCUUUGUCUAUCAUUGGUUUUAUUUUCAAAUUGCCUGAAUCCCCCAGAUGGUUGAUGGGUAAAGGAAGAGUUGAAGAGGCAAGGGUGGUGUUCGCCGCACUUUAUGACCUUCCAGUGAACCAUCCUGUUGUUGAAGAACAGGUGAUGGAAAUUCAAGAGUCCUUAGCAAUAGAAGAACGUGCUGGGGCAAACAAAUUCAGUGUCAAAGCGUUACUCAAGCAAGGAGAAAAGAAGAAUUUUCAAAGAGUCAACUUGGCCGGCUGGUCGCAGGUGAUGCAGCAGAUCUGUGGAAUAAAUCUAAUCACAUACUACGCUGGAACUAUAUACGAGACUAACAUAGGAAUGUCUCCGUUCAAUUCUCGAGUUUUGGCUGCUUGCAAUGGUACGGAGUACUUUUUGGCGUCUCUCAUUCCCAUUUUCAUUAUUGAAAAGGUUGGCAGAAGACCUCUUUUCCUCUUUGGCACCACUGGUCAAUUCUUAACCAUGCUUUUCCUUUUUGUUUCCAUGGAAAUGGCAGAAAAGGGACAUAAGGGUGCUGCUGUGGGUGCGGCGGUGUUGCUAUUCAUCUUUAACACCUUCUUUGGUGUAUCACUUUUAUCCCUUACAUGGUUGUAUCCACCUGAGAUCUCAUCUUUAGAAGUCAGAGCACCUACCACUGCUAUUUCCACCGCCUGUAAUUGGGGUUUCAAUUUCAUGGUGGUGAUGAUCACUCCUGUCUGCUUUGAAAGAAUUAAGCAUCACACUUAUCUUAUCUUUGCUGGCAUUAACUUCUUGAUGAUUCCUGUGUUCUUCUUCUUGUAUCCAGAGACCAAGGGUCGGACAUUGGAGGAGAUGGAUUUGAUUUUCGCCAAAACACCAGAAUGGCAGCCAUGGAAGUCGGUCAAAAUUGCCAGAGAAAUGCCAUUUGCACAUUCUGGACUUGUCGGAGAUGUGAGUAAGUACAAGCCUACAUCUGAGCAUUAUGAGGAUGCUAUCUUGGAGAACCUGUCUACUUUCAGCAUGGAGUGA